GAGAAAUUGAAAAAUAAAAAAUAGGAGACUUUAUUUUUUUUUUUAUUUUUUUAUUUUUUUAUUUUUCUUUUCUUCAUUACACACAUCUUGACCGCGUCAAUGCCAAAACUCGAAAAGAUGAGCUCGGAAGAGCAUGUAAAUAUUAGCAAGAAAAUGUUUUAUGGAGGGUUUGCGUUCUUGCCGCUUUUGUGGCUAGUCAACUUUUUAUAUUUUUUCAGAACGAGUCGAGAAGCAACAGCACCCAAAGCAUUAAAGAAGUACAUUUAUCUGUCAUUGGGAGGUUGCAUGGUCUGGUUUGUUCUAUUAACGACAUGGUACGGUCUAUUUGUGAACAGGCGAAGUGCCUGGGGACAGACAGCCGAUCGUAUUACGGUAGUUAUACCCAAAGGUCUAUAAUUGGUUACUCCUUUUUUUUGCAAAUUAUUGUUUACAUUUGGUGAUACAGGCCGCCGUCCGUUUCGAUGUCUAAACAACCCACAUAUUUAUAGCCGUCUUUUUUUUUUAUUUUUAUUUUAUAUUUCUUCUUUUUUUUCUUUCCCGCAUCUUUCUUUUUUUUUUAAAAAAAAAAUAUAUCUAUAUAUAUAUACACACACACACAUUUUUA